AUAAACAAGCAACACUUGCCUUGUAAUAUUUGAAUAAAUCUGUAUUUUAAGAUGUUGAAGAGAAAACCCUCCAAUGUUUCAGAUAAGGAGAAAUCACAAAAAACAAAGCGGUCAAGCAGCUUUGGGAAUUUUGAUCAUCGCAGACAUCACUCAACAUCAAAACCAAAUGAUUCAUCUGAGCUAGAUGAAGUAGAUGGGACAUGUGAUGGCACAGAAAUGAGGCAAAACAAAACCAAUAAUGGAGGAAGCAUUGGAAAAAAGAUGCGGGCCAUUUCCAUGACUAUGAAGAAAAAGAUGGGUAAAAAGUACAGCAAGGCACUUUCAGAGGAAAUGAAUGAAGAAGGAAAAAACUUUUCUACUUCUAAUAGAGAAAGUGACCCUGGAAGAGAACCAACCACAGCUUGUAUAAAGGCUAGUGAUUCCAUGGACAGCCUCUAUAGUCUUAAUAGCGGUCAGAGCUCAUCAAGUGGUGUAACUUGUUGUUCAGAUGGAACAAGCAACAGAGACAGCCUAAGGCUUGAUGAAGAAAUCAGUUAUGUUGGACCAUUCUGUGGCAGAGCCAGAGUGCACACAGACUUCACUCCAAGUCCUUACGAUUCAGACUCUCUAAAAAUCAAGAAAGGAGAUAUAAUUGAUAUCAUCUGUAAAACCCCAAUGGGAAUGUGGACCGGACAGCUAAACAACAAGGUGGGAAACUUCAAAUUUAUUUAUGUGGAUCUGAUAAUAGAAGAGGAAUCUUCACCCAGAAAAAUAAAACCACACAAGAAAAGUAAAGGGGCCAAGCUUAAUUCUCUUCAGGAAUUCUUGGAGCAAAUCCAUCUCCAGGACUAUUUAUCAACCCUUUUGCUAAAUGGCUAUCAGACAUUAGAAGAUUUGAAAGAUCUAAAUGAAAAGCAUUUAAUUGAACUUAACAUCAAAGAUCCAGAAGACAGGACAAGGCUACUUUCAGCUAUUGAGAAUCUGCAAGACUCUGAAAAUGAACAAGACCAGGAAAGAGAACAAAUGCCACAGAUGUUGAACCCUAACGUCAACCUUAACAAGACACAAUUAAAUGACUGUCCAAGAGAUUCUGGUUGUUACAUCUCAUCAGAAACAUCAGAUAACAGCAAAGAAGACCUAGAUGCAGAAAAUCUCUCUGACAUGGUCCAGAAAAUCUCCAUCACUGAAUCAGAUUGAACGUUGUUUAAAUUUCCAGCAAAUUAUUAAUACUGAUUUGGCAGUUUCAAGAAAUGCAUUGAACUUAUUUGUUUGCAAAGUAUGCAAUAAUUGACAAUAGUAUACAUUAUUAAUUUUGAGACUGUAUUUGAUUCCCAUCUUUUUAUCACACUAUGCAAACAAAUAAUAUAAAUUUCUUAUGUUAUUAUUUGCAA